UCAAGAAACUCAAGUCUCAGGCAACACUGAGCUUAAUACUGUAGGAUAUAUAUACAACAAUAAAAACUCUUUUCUUCGCCCAAAAACUAGGUUUAUUCCAUGGGCUUUUGGUUUUAAGUAUCUUUCAAUCUACAAAAGAGAAAGAAUUUUGUUUCUUCUUCUCCAAGAAACAAGCCACAGAUUGAUUGAGACUACCUUUAAAACACCAUGGACAAAGUUGUGAGAAUGUCUUCGGAGAAAGGAGUGGUUAUAUUCAGCAAGAGCUCGUGUUGCAUGUCCUAUGCGGUCCAGGUCCUCUUCCAAGACCUCGGGGUUCACCCGACCGUCCAUGAGAUAGACAAGGACCCUGAUUGUCGAGAGAUAGAGAAAGCCCUGAUGAGGCUCGGGUGUUCCACACCGGUCCCAGCCAUCUUUGUGGAUGGGAAGCUCGUUGGUUCGACCAAUGAAGUCAUGUCGAUGCACCUUAGCGGCUCGCUGGUUCCGCUCGUUAAGCCAUUUCAAGCCAAUCUAUGUUAAAAACGUCUUCUAACUUUCUAAACUAAACAUAUAAUUCAAUAAGAAACAACCUAAAACACAAUCUUAUAGCCGAUGCAAGUAUGCAACCUUUGUAAUGUAGCUUUAUAAAUAUUGUUCGUUUGUAAUUUCAUUAAAGUGAUCCUGUAAUAAUUGACUG